AUGGACGAGGCUGGCAGCUGCGCGAGCGGCGGAGGCUUCCGCCCGGGCGUCGACAGCCUGGACGAGCCGCCCAACAGCCGCAUCUUCCUAGUGAUCAGCAAGUACACGCCCGAGUCGGUGCUGCGGGAGCGCUUCUCGCCGUUCGGGGAGAUCCAGGACAUCUGGGUGGUGCGGGACAAACACACCAAGGAGUCCAAGGGCAUCGCCUUCGUCAAGUUUGCCCGCAGUUCGCAGGCCUGCAGGGCCAUGGAGGAGAUGCACGGCCAGUGCCUCAGCCCCAACGACACCAAGCCCAUCAAGGUUUUCAUUGCACAGUCCAGAUCAUCUGGAAGUCAUCGAGAUGUUGAAGAUGAAGAACUCACAAGAAUCUUUGUUAUGAUACCAAAGUCCUACACAGAAGAAGAUUUACGGGAAAAAUUUAAGGUGUAUGGAGAUAUCGAGUAUUGUAGCAUUAUUAAGAAUAAAGUCACUGGAGAAAGUAAAGGUUUGGGCUAUGUUCGAUAUUUAAAACCAUCACAAGCUGCCCAGGCAAUAGAAAACUGCGAUCGAAGUUUUAGGGCUAUCUUGGCUGAACCUAAAAAUAAAGCAUCUGAAUCCUCAGAACAGGAUUAUUACUGUAAUAUGAGGCAGGAAAGUUUGGGACAUGAAUCUAGAGUAAAUAUGUUUCCAUUUGAACAGCAAUCUGAAUUUUCAAGUUUUGACAAGAAUGACAACAGAGGCCAGGAAGCAAUCUCCAAACGCCUGUCAGUUGUAUCAAGAGUUCCUUUCACUGAAGAGCAACUUUUCAGCAUUUUUGAUAUAGUGCCAGGAUUGGAAUAUUGUGAAGUUCAACGAGAUCCUUAUUCAAAUUAUGGUCAUGGGGUGGUACAGUACUUCAAUGUAGCAUCAGCCAUUUAUGCAAAAUACAAAUUACAUGGAUUUCAGUACCCUCCUGGGAAUCGAAUAGGUGUUUCCUUCAUUGAUGAUGGGAGUAAUGUAACAGAUCUCCUUAGAAAAAUGGCAACGCAGAUGGUAGCUGCACAGCUUGCGUCAAUGGUGUGGAAUAACCCAAGUCAGCAGCAAUUUCUGCAGUUUGGAGGAAGUUCUGGAUCACAGUUGCCUCAAAUCCAGACAGAUGUUGUACUUCCAUCAUGCAAAAAAAAAGCCCCUCCUGAAACUCCUGUGAAGGAAAGACUUUUUAUCGUGUUUAAUCCUCAUCCUUUACCUUUAGAUGUAUUAGAGGAUAUAUUCUGUCGUUUUGGUAACCUGAUUGAAGUUUACCUUGUGUCAGGAAAAAAUGUGGGGUAUGCCAAGUAUGCAGAUAGAAUAAGUGCUAAUGAUGCCAUUACUACAUUACAUGGAAAGAUCCUAAAUGGAGUCAGGCUUAAAGUUAUGCUGGCAGAUUCCCCAAGAGAAAAAUCUAACAAACGACAAAGAACUUACUGAUUCUUGAGAAACAGUAACUCAAGAACACAUGGAUCCUGGAAAUGGAAGGUAUGGUAUUACUAGGGAAUCAUAUAGAAAUACUUAGUUAAAUAUUUAGUUAAAAUAUGAAGUUCAUUUAUUCAGUGAUUGUGCUUUUGACUAAAAUAGAACUUGUCCUCAAGGGGAAAUUCCAGGUCUCCCUAUAAUCGUAGAAAAUUGCCAGGCCCUGUGAAAAUCCAUUUCAUUGGUUAUCACAAGAAAAGUGGGUUCUAUGACUGCCAUGUAUGAACUGCAACUAGUCUCUGGGCAUCAAGGUUAUAUGAGCUAAUGAACCUGCAUAUUGACCAAAGCUACAACUGCUGUGUCAUCCUUGAGACUUCCUUUCCAGCAAAACUGCUGAAGUGGUGGAAAGAAGGCAUCAGAAGACUACUUUAUGAAAAUUAUUUGUACUUGAGAUACAAAAAUCAGAAACUGUGCAUAAAGGUAAGUACUUUUUUUCACAGAAACUAGAGGAAAUAUUGAGCACAGUAGGUUAACCAAAGGUUACUACAUGCUUUUUUUUCUGUCUCUCUUUCAUGGCUGAUUUUGUAGGUAAACAAUACUGCUACUAAAUGAUAUCUUGUGCAUAGAUUAUUAUUUUCCAUCAUUAGUAACAUAAAUCAUGGCAUUCCUUAGCACAGAGAUUUUAAAGGAUUGACUUAUUCUGUUAUUUUUUGUUUGUUUUUUAUUUUAAAUCCAAAAAGAAGAUAAUUAAAGCCAUGUAUUUUAAGUUACCGGAUUUAAGUUGUCCACCAACGUACUGGAAGAUCUUUCCAGUAUGUAAAAUUAUGUAAAAUACAUAAAUAUGUAAAAAUACAUAUUUUCCCUUUCAUCAUCAAUGAAAUCUGUAAAUUACAUUGGAUUUUGGCCCUAGGAGGUAGCUUUGUCAGUCAUAUACUAUUGAUCCAUUGGCAUUAGCAUGCAGUAACUUAGGAAGUGGUAAUGUCACAUUUAGGGGAAGAUGGAGAAGGAGAUAACUAUGUGUGACUGGUAGAACUGACUUGGGAAGAAUCUGUAGUAUUUGCUGAGAGCACUGGGACUGGUUGACCUGCUUUGGCAAUGUCAAAACUGGAACAACAAUGGGGGGAUGUAUGCUGGAAGAGAUAGCACCCAUCUUUGUUUUACUAUCACAAAUUGCUGCCAAGGUUUAUUUACCAUUAGCUGCCAUGGUGGCUUAACCCUUUGAGCAGAAACUUAACAGGCCCCAUCUCCUACCAGUUUUACCUUAAAUCUGGUAAUUGUAGGCACUGUGGUAUAGUCCCAGCUUCAUAGUAACCUUCAAGAGCAAGUUUCUUAAAUGGCAUUAGCAUUGCCUCAUUUGGAUCUGUUUCCUUAUCUAGAAAAUAAAAGUAAUAGACAGUGUAUAUGCAAAUAUCUGCAGUCCUCCCAAUUUCCUGCAAGCAUACCCAUGAAACCAUUCAAGUAGGAAAACCUAGGGAAGAAUAGUGGAAAUUGGAAGGAAUUUUUACUAAAUAAAGCAGUAGGGAGUGGAUUUUUUUUAAUGACUGAAAUUACACACUGAAACAGUUUAUCAGUUAUGAUGACCUCUUUCCUUCCCCUUUCCAGCGCUCCAUAUUAACCUAUGUAUAACAAGUCUAUACUAAUACACUGAGACAGCUUUUCAGAGUUCAGUCGAAAGAAUCUUCAUUCUGUAUUUCUUACCUAGUAACAAUGAGUGACAACACUAUCUUGAGGUUUUCUUAACCAGGAGAACCACAGCUGACAUUUACCUGCCCAGGUUAGGGGAGGCAAUGUCAUAAAAGCCAUCUUACCUACUCUUUUGGUCAGGAGUAGUGCUGAAUGACAAAGACAGCAUACAUGACCCCAAAAGAUCUCUUAGCUUCUGCUCAUCAGCUAAUUUAGAAUAUUUAUAGUAGGAUUAAAAAUACAUAUGUCUAAGUUGUUGUUUUCAGCCAUUGGCCCCCAAAAUAUCAGUCUUAUUGCAAGGAAAUCUCUUACCCUUUUUUACUGUAAGCUCAGAUCUGAUGGAUCUCCUUGACUUUCCUGGAGAAAUGAAAUGGGUCUAACAUUUCUCACCACCUGCAAAAUAUUUUAUCAGCAAUUGAGUGGACUAAAAGCAGUCUUCAGAGUCUGCCAGUUCUGCAGCCGGCCUACCUAAAUCUUUCCUCAUUCAGAAGUGAGUAAAUGGGCAAGAGACUUGAACCAGCACUUCACAAAAGAAGGCCAAGAAAGGGUAGCAGGGGUUUUUUUGGGGGGAGGCAGGGAGCAUUGGGGUUUUGGCAGAGGAAGAGAGGAUUGGGUAUAUUCCUCAUCUUUUCUAAAGAAACAUUAAAAUGGUCUCUAUGUUAGCAGUUAAUGAAAGUUUAAGAGGUUUUUAAAAAUCUAGUAUCAAUUAUCAAGAAAUGUAUGUUUAAAACUACAGUAAUAUGCCCAUAUACUGUUAGGAACAGCCAAUACUAAAAUAGUAACAGAACCAGUGCUGGUGUGUGGAACAACAGGAACUCUCAUUAACUACUGGUGGGAGUGUAAAUUGACUCAACCAUUUUGAAAAUGAAAACGUUUGACAAAUGUCUAAAUUUAAAACAUACAUCUACCCUCAAUUCGGCAAUUCUACUUCCAAGCAUAUAUCCCGCAGAGAUUAAAAACAUGUAUAAAAACAACAACAAAAAAUGUACAAGUAUAUUCUUGGCAUCAUUCAUAGUAGCCUCAAAGUAGAAACAAUCCCCAUGUCCAUCAGCAGUGUCUGUGUCCAAUGAGAUACCCAAUAGCAAGGAAAUGAGAGAACUCUUGGUUACAUUUAAAAGUUUGGAUGAAUCUCAUAAAUACAGUGUUGAGGAAACUAGUCAACAAAAGGAAAUGUGCUGUAUGAUCCCACUUAUAAAAGAAUUAGAAAACAAGCAAGAGCUCACUUUAGGCAGAAAAGAAUAGGUAAGGGUGACAGGAUCCUAUGGUGUACUAGAAAACUUGUCUUUCUUGACCAGCAUGGUGGUAACUUUGUAACAGCUUUUUGAGCUGUGCUCUAAGGGUAAUGCAUGUUUUAAAAUUUAUACUUCAAUUAAAUUUUUUGUUUCUUAAUGAGUUAAGCAAAAUCAAUAGGAGGCUAAUGAGAUAAGCAACACUACAGUGUGAGAGAAGAACAAUAUCCUGAGGCACUUGGAAGGAAGUGCCUUUUUUCUUCCAUUGCAUGUAUAGAUUUAGAAGACUAAUUACAAAACAGUAAUUAGUCAUAGAACUAAGGAAGUAUACUCCAUAACAAACAAUAGUGACUACCAAGUGCUUUUCAGAGCCCCGUUGGUUCUCAUGACCCAAUAAGGAGAAGGUGGAAAAGGGUUUCCCAUCCCUCAAUUUGUUGAUCAAAUCAGAGCUUCCUUUGUCAAUGUUAUAUAUUGUACUUAAUAUGCUUUCCUUUAAGAGAGUCUGCAACUUACAUGUUACAAUAAACCAAAAGAUUAAAUGUACCCUCAGAUGAAUUUGCUGAGGAAAGGUAAAGAUUUAGAAAACUUUAUUACAAAGAUUUAUCUUCUAAUAAUAUAUGUUCCCAAAGAAGACAACAAAACAAAUUAAUAGAAAACUUUAAUAGAAGAAACCUCAGUCUUUUAAAAAAAAAAAAAAAGCUGAAAUCUGGAGAUCCUCUCUAUACAUUAAAUGCCAGCUGGAAUGGAGCAGUGUCUAUAGUCUUUUAGUUCAGGAUUUCUUUGCUCAUCCAAAUGUGAAGGUAACAGAAAAACAUCCUCUGAUGUGCGAGAUACUAUUCAUUUGCCCUUUCUAGAAAAAUUUUGCGUGAAUAUAAUCAUACUACAAAAAUGAAUAAAAAUGAAGAAUAAAAUAAUGAGAAAAGAAAGUCCAGUUGAUAAGUAUUGAAAUCAGUAAAACUGUUAGGAUAAUGCAGAUAAUUGUUUAAUGAAAUGUUGAAAGUGAGAUUUAUUAAGUGACUUAUCAAAAAAAAUGGGUUUUUAGCCCCAGUUUAAGUUAAUAAAGGUAUUUGGGGAAGGGCAUGGUAUGAGCAAUAAAAUUCUUGCUUUUUGUAAAGAAAAGUUAAAACUUACUUUUUUUUUUUUUUUACUUUGAAAGUUAAAUAUAAGUUUAAGAAUCUUUUGAGGGCCUCCCCUGUGGUGCAGCGGGUUGAGCGCUACGCUGUGAAGCUGUCCGCAGCCUCAGCAGCACGGGUUUGAUUCCCAGCCGGCCAGGGAGAUUCCCACAUGGUGAGGCAGACCUCUCCUGUCUCGCCCGCUGCUCCCCUCAGCAAUGUCUUCGGUCCGUCUGCUUGUUCUGCUCCCCGCUCUCUCUGGUGAAUUCUCUCACCACCACCCUCCCGUGCCACUGACCUGUACCCCUGUUCUUGUAUAAAUAAAUAAAUCUUUAAAAAAAAAAGAAUCGUUUGAAAUCUGUUAAGGUGGUUAAUAAUAAAAUUAAUAACAGAAUGUCUCCUGUCCAAAUCCUUGAAAAAAAUGACAAUGAGAUUGCACAUGUGACAAAAAAAGAAAAUCAUUAAGUCCAAACGUGUUUAAGUUUUAAAACAAAAUGGAAUGAUUUGCUUCUUCCUAGAGACAUACUUUUAUUUCUUUUUAUAAUUUUUUUAUCAAAGUAACAUUGACUUACAGCACUACAUGACUCAGAAAUAUAGGGCCAGGGCCUCCCCGGUGGCACAGCGGUUGAG